CAUCCAAAAUCCGUGAAUUUUUGCAAGGCCAUGGAUUUGAAAUGGUAUGUAAUGAUAUUGGCCUCCACAAUCUUUUCAAUCGUUGUGGCUAAACUCAUCACUCCAAUCGCCAAAAUGGCUUUCGCCACUCCGCAAAAAGGCAAAACCAAAGUGCUCAAAUUCGACUCCGAGGAAGACGUCGCCGCCGCUCUCGCCAAAUACACCGCCGAUCUGUCCGACAACUUCGUCAAAGAAAAGGGGUCCUUCUCCGUCGUUCUCUCCGGCGGCUCUCUCAUCGACACGCUCAGAAAGCUGGUGGAAUCUCCGUAUAAGGAAUCUGUGGAUUGGUCGAAAUGGCUGAUAUUUUGGGUUGAUGAGAGAGUGGUUCCUCUUGAUCAUCAAGACAGCAAUUAUCUACUUGCUUCGCGGGGUUUUCUGUCAAAGGUACCAAUUCCUCCUAGCAACAUCUACGCCAUCAACGACAAGCUGUCCCCGGAGGGUGCAGCAGACGACUAUGAGGAGCGCCUGAAACGCCUCGUCUCAAGCAAGGUCCUGCCCGUUUCAAGCAUCACAGGCUUCCCCAAGUUCGACCUAAUGCUGCUCGGGAUGGGGCCGGAUGGGCACGUGGCGUCUCUGUUCCCUUCACGGCAGCAGCGCUAUGAGAAGAAGCGUUGGGUGACCUUCAUCACGGACUCCCCGAAACCACCUCCACCGCGGAUCACCUUCACAUUCCCAGUGAUCAACUCGGCUUCAGAAAUCGCAAUGGUGAUCACUGGGGCCGAGCUGGCUGAUACCACCAAGGCAGCAUUGGGCGGCGAGCAGAGCUCGCCUCCGCUGCCUUGCACUGAGGUGUCAGCUGAAGGAGAGCUCACGUGGUUCCUUGACAAAGAUGCUGCUUCGAAACUGUGAGUCUGUGUGUGCACUUUGAUGAAUAAAACAUGAGCAUGUAUAGAGAAAGUGUGUUGUUGUGUUAAUGCUAGACUUCUUACUGAUUUCAAAUACUAGAUGUUUGUGUUUUCUCUACUUCCACUUAUUGCUUGUGAAUCUACAUAUAUGACAAAUUAUCACAUAUAUUUGUAUUUUC